GAGCCAGCUGCAAGACAAAGCACGACCCCGAUCUCACGCAGCGCCCCUCUCCCGAUACCGACGACGCAUGCGCCACUGCUGGACCGCUGCGCAUCCGACUCUACCUCACCCAUGAAACCCGGCCUUUGACACCAGUUCUUGGAGGUUGAUUGAUUGUUCGGACCCCCUUUUCGCAUCAUCGACGCCGCCCUCGAGUCUGCAACAUGCAGCUGCCGUGGGCGGGCCGCGGCUCUGGCAGCGAGUCUCUGCUGCCAAUGAGCAGCGUGCCCAUCAUCACUGGCGACGCGGACGAUUCAUCACGGCAGGGGAGAUCAGAGACCAGGCCUGGACAUGCCCGAACAUCAUCGGCGCAUGCACGGGGAGUGGCGAGAGAGUAUUCCUUCAUGACGCCCAGCGAGGCUGCCGCCCAGCUACGAACGUCGCUUACAUACGGCCUCACGCCCAACGAGGCACUGAAACGGCUGAGCGAGUACGGACCCAAUGAGAUUCCCCACGAGGCGCCGGAACCGCUCUGGCUGCGGUUUCUCAAGCAAUUCCAGGAGCCGCUGAUAGUUCUCCUGCUGGUGUCCGCAGGGACGUCGUUGCUCCUGGGCAACAUGGACGAUGCCAUCAGCAUCACUGUGGCGGUCACCAUUGUCGUCUCCGUGGGCUUUGUCCAGGAGUACCGAUCCGAAAAGUCAAUUGAGGCCCUCAACCACCUGGUUCCGAAUCACGCACAUCUAGUACGAGGCUCGUCGAAUAAGUCUAAUCUGCAGAAACCUCCCACAUGGCCUCCCAGCAUCAACGACCCGCUAGACCCAGCCGAUAGCUCUGGCGCAAUCACGCCAAUUGAAGAUAUCCUUGACGGCACGUCGUUCAAGGUCUCAGCGUCACAGCUUGUCCCGGGAGACUUGGUGUUGUUCACUACCGGCGACCGUAUCCCUGCGGAUAUCCGAGUUACCAAGGCGGCCGAUCUGACCAUUGACGUCUCCAACCUUACUGGCGAAACGAAACCCGUUAGGAUAUCGACCGAAGCAGAAUCUCACGGAUUGAAUAUGCAGUUUCCAAAGCCAACAUCCCUCUCCCCGGCACCUCCCGCGGGCAAUGCUGAGUCGUCUGACAGCAGCAACGCUAGAAACAUUGCUUACAUGGGCACACUGGUGAAAUCCGGCCAUGGUCAGGGAAUUGUCUUUGCUACCGGCGGAAACACUCAUUUCGGCUCCAUUGCGUCAAGUGUUUCUGGAACAGAAAACCCCAGGUCCCCGUUGCAGUUGUCAAUGGACGACCUCGGUUCGCAGCUGAGCAAGGCCUCAUUUGUCGUCAUUGGACUGAUAUCGCUGGUUGGUUGGUUGCAAGGCAAGAAGCUCCUGGAAAUCUUCACCAUUUCUAUAUCCCUGGCCGUCGCAGCUAUUCCCGAAGGGUUGCCCAUUAUUGUCACCGUCACUCUGGCUCUUGGUGUCCACCGUAUGGCCAAGCAUCAUGCCAUCGUGCGCUGGAUGCCCAAGGUGGAAACCCUUGGCUCCGUCAAUGUGGUGUGCACUGACAAGACCGGUACCCUUACGACAAACCAUAUGACAACUGUCGAGAUGUGGUGCUUCGGAGAAGACGGCUCGUUCAACGUAGCUUCUGAUGUCGAGGUUGAGGAGUUCAAGCCGACACAAGCGGCUUUGCACAUCCUGCGCAUCGGAAAUAUCGCAAACAAUGCACGGCUGUCGAAGAAUUUCACCGAGAGCGGCGCUGCAACGAGUGCUGUCUUGUCUUCAACCUUAGGACGCGAAGAGGUGUCGACCUAUACUCGCUGGGUCGGCCAGCCAACCGAUGUGGCCAUGCUUGAUCUGCUCGACAAGUUCAAAGAGCACGACAUCCGAGACUCUAUGGGCCCUCGUGUCACGGAGGUGCCCUUUAGCUCUGAGAGAAAGUGGAUGGGUGUUACCGUUGGAAGCGAAAAGGAACAUGCGUAUAUGAAGGGGUCGAUCGAAAAGGUUCUCGCCGCUUGCGACACGUAUCUGGAAAAGGACGGCCGAGAAAUUGUAUUGGACAAUGCACGUCGCCAGGAGGCUCUGGCAGCGGCCGACGCCAUGGCAUCCAAGGGGCUUCGCGUGCUUGCUUUUGCCAGUGGACAAGUAGCUAGAUCCUCGAGAACACGCACGUCGGCUGCUGACACGCGGAGCAACACCCCCGCCAAUGGAGCUGCCAGUCCGGUCAUCCCUCAAAGCUCCGAGGAUGUUUACAAGGGUCUCACCUUUGCCGGUCUGGUUGGCAUGAGGGACCCCCCGAGACCCGGCGUAGAGCGCUCUAUUCGACGAUUGAUGCGAGGCGGCGUCCGCGUCAUCAUGAUCACUGGUGAUGCCGAGACCACGGCGCUUGCGAUUGGCAAACAGCUAGGAAUGAAUGUUGCCGUCCCCAGCGCUCAUUUGCCGGGCCAGAACGCGGUCAAGGCCGUCCUGAGAGGGGACGAAAUCGACAGCAUGUCUGAUGACGCCCUCGCUCAGGCGAUGCAGCACACGACCAUCUUUGCGAGAACCAACCCCGAUCACAAGAUGAAGAUUAUCCGCGCGCUUCAAUCCAGGGGAGACAUUGUAGCCAUGACUGGUGACGGCGUCAACGAUGCGCCGGCUUUGAAAAAGGCUGAUAUUGGCAUUGCGAUGGGCCGUCAUGGAACCGAUGUGGCCAAGGAGGCAGCGGACAUGAUUCUGACCGACGACGAUUUCUCCACCAUUCUGCGGGCUAUUGAAGAAGGAAAGGGCAUCUUCAACAACAUCCAAAACUUUCUAACGUUUCAGCUCAGCACGAGCGCGGCGAGCUUGGCCCUUGUCUUUGUCUGCACAUGCUUCGGGUUCAAGAGUCCUCUGAAUGCCAUGCAGAUUCUAUGGAUUAACAUCAUCAUGGAUGGCCCUCCGGCACAAUCUCUGGGUGUCGAGACGGUCGACCCAGACGUGAUGAACAGGCCACCAAGGAAGCGCAACGAUCCGGUUCUUACCACGAAACUCAUCCAGAGAGUUCUCACCUCGGCAGCCAUCAUCAUGGUGGGCACAAUGAUCACGUACCGGCAGCAAAUGGCUGACGGCAUCGUCACGCGCCGGGACACCACCAUGACCUUUACUUGCUUCGUCUUCUUUGACAUGUUCAACGCUCUCAGCUGCCGCUCCGAAUCCAAAUCGGUGCUGCGUGGCGAGGUGGGACUAUUUUCGAAUAACUUGUUUAACUGGGCAGUCUCUCUGUCAAUCGUCGGCCAGCUGCUCGUCAUCUAUCUUCCUUGGCUACAAGAAGUCUUUCAGACGGAAGCCCUUGGGCUGGGUGAUUUGGUGCGGCUGGUCAUGCUUUGCAGCACGGUGUUUUUGGCGGAUGAAUUACGAAAGUAUCUCAAGUAUGGGAAGCGGCGUUUGGGCGGCGGGUACAGUCAGGCGGUUUAA